CGCAGCGGGGGGAUAACGGUCCGGAGAGGAGCGAGGAGCAGGUCGCUGCGCGGACACGUCUCCUCCCUCGUCUCUCCCUCUCGUCUUCGGAGUCUCUCUCUUUGGGCGCCUCGCAACCAAACGGUCGUCGGGCUGCUGUGACCCUGAACGCGUCCGACCGACGUGCUGCACACAGCCAGGCGGACACGAUGGCCAGCUCGGGCAUGCAGCUCCUCGGCUUCUUCCUGUCGCUGCUCGGCGUCUCCGCCACUGUCGCGGCCACGUUCAUGGUGGAGUGGAAGAGGCAGGCGCAGGGCAAGACGCACCGCAUCUACGAGGGCCUGUGGAUGAGCUGCAGCGGCAACGAGAGGACCACCUGUGAGCUGUACGAGUCUCUCCUGAAACUGCCGACUGAGGUGCAGGCCACCAGGGCGGUGAUGCUGCUCAGCGUCUUCCUCUCCGCCGUGGCCCUGAUGGUCUCCACAGUGGGGAUGAAGUGCACCCGCUUCAUGGACGACAAGUCUGAGAGCAAAUCCACCACGGCUAUGAUCGGAGGAAUCAUGUUCAUGGUCUCAGGUUUAGUGACUGUGGUCAUCACCUCCUGGUACGUUGAUACGAUUGUAAAGACCUUCCACACAUCCAAUAAACUGCAAAGCUUCGAGUUUGGUCGGGCCGUGUUCGUCAGCUGGGCUGGAGGCGUCCUCACUAUGGCCGGUGGCGCCUUCCUGAGCUGUCGCAGAUGCUCCCGGUCCAGAUUGCCCGCGUCCAUGAACUCCAACCAGCUCCUGCCCACCGUCAACUCCAAGUCCAACUACGUCUAGUCUGGAGGGCACAGGAGAGCCAGGAGGAGGGUAGACACAGUCCGACCAGAGGUUAACUUGAAUGUUGUAAAGUCACUGCCUACAUACAGCCUGUCAUUACAAAUUAAUUGUACGCUUUCAAAAAGAAAAUCAUGUUGACCUGGCCUGUUUGUAUUCAUAUGAAGCCAUUUCUCUUCACAGCUACCAAAGAAUAUCACUUGUAUGGAUCGUUUUUACACUCUAUAGCAAGACUUCUGUACUUUUACGAUGUCAUUUACUGUACGUCCAUUCCCUUUACCUCUUCAGUUUUACACUGGUGUUAACGUGUGAUUGUGUAUGUUGUUUAUUAUACGACUAACGUUUUUAUAUUUUUGGUCUUGUAAAGUUGUUUUUAUUACGGAUGUAACACACAGUGUGUGUAGGCUACAUUUUCAGAAAAAAAUAAAAUAAUUUUGUUCUCAUUAAUCUGGUUUACCUCAUAAUGAGAGCUCUCCUGGCACUGAAA